UGUCCCAGAUUCUGAGCCCGCGAACAGCUGUUAUUGUUGUUGUCGGGAAUCCCGUCGAGACGAGUUAUUUCGUUGUUGAAGUUACGACGCUUGUAUAAUAUACAAAUGAGGAAAUUGAAGAUUUUUGUCGUGUAUUUACUGGUGGACAUCGCCCAUGGAUAUCUAUAUUCAUAUCCAGUGUUUCAACAAUUUCCAGCCGUAAAACGAAGCAGAGUCGGAAAGUCACUAGAAUUCAAUUGCGAAGUUGAUGAGCCUCACGCAAGACUAUAUUGGGAAUUCAACGGUCAACGAAUAGAAAACAAUGAUUCAUUCCACAUCAUUCCAGUUGGCAGGACAAGUACUUUAUUUAUUAUAAAAGUGUUGCCAGAAUUGGAAGGAGUUUACUGCUGUAAUUAUUUUGAUGGAGUCAAAAUCUUUACUGAAUGUGGUCAACUCAUUGUAAAAAGAGGGCCCACUAUAAGCAAAGAGCCAUCGAGUCGAUCUGCCUAUUUUAAAGAUGAUGUAACUUUCAACUGCACAGUAGAUUCCUACCCAAGAUCCAAUAUAGCUUGGCUGCAUAAUGGAACCAUAGUUUGUAGAGAAAAGACUAAUAAAGAAUGUCGACAAAAUCCCAAAGACGUAGGACCUCAAGUAGGAUUCUUGAAGAUCAAAAAUAUUACACACCAUGAUGCAGGAUUGUAUCAGUGCAAAGCGAUGAAUAAUCUGAGCACUACGUACUCAAACUUUGCCGUUUUGAUUGUUGAAGAUCGUGUGGAUGUUAUGGAGCCAAUGACAAGAAUUGCUCCUGCAGAAAUUCAAGAGAUUUCUACAGGCUUCACAGAAGAAGCAAAGUCUGUUUCAAUCACAACAAUCGAAAUAUCCACAAGCUUAUCAACCACAACUGUAAAUCCAAUAACCAGUUCAACUCAGCUAACUGGUACCAUGGAUUAUUAUCACUUGUCAGCGAUGAAUGAUACUUCACACAAAGUGUUUUCUUAUUCUGAUGAAGAUUACCAUGAUCGUUUACCGAGUCCUAACAGCACUAUUCUGAUAGUUUUGUUUCUUGGGUUGGCUCUUAUAGUAAUGCUUGCUGUGUUUAUAUUCUGCGUUUCGAGGAACAAACUCAGGCAUAAAAAGGCAGAUGAAAGAAUGAAGAUUGCUCGGAUCAUGUCGCAAAAAAGACUUGCACAGUUGAAUGAGCAAAAUAUGUUACGGGAACUGCGUUAUCCUGUUGAUGAUUUAGAAGUCAUACAAGAAUUGGGAGAAGGUGUAUUCGGUCUUGUUUUUAAAGCCAAAGCACCUGGCCUGUUGUCUCCAACAGAAACAACUACAGUCGCAGUGAAAACAAUCCGAUCCACAGAUGCAACAGAGUAUUCAAAAGUUGAGGAUUUUAACAGAGAAGCAGAAAUGCUGGCAACAUUCCAGCAUAAAAAUAUUGUACAACUGCUUGGUGUCUGUGUAGAUAAUGAUUCACAAUCUGAUCUGAACAAUAUAUCUUGCUUGCUAUUCGAAUAUGUUGAUGGAGGAGAUUUAUGUGCUUAUCUGAGGAACAGAGGGCCCAAUCAAGCUUUAUUCCAUUCUCGUAGUAAAGAAAUGAAUGGAACAAUUUCUGAUGAAGACAAAUUGUUGAUUUGUACACAUAUUGCAUGUGGAAUGCAGUAUCUGUCGGAGAGGAAUUUCAUUCAUAGAGAUCUGGCGACAAGAAACUGUUUGAUAUCAGAAAGAGAUCUGAAUAUUAAAAUCUCAGAUUUUGGUUUGUCGAGGAGAACGUAUGAGAGUGAUUAUUAUAAAGCAGGAGAAACUGAAUCUGUGCCGAUAAGAUGGAUGUCUCCAGAAGCCAUUUUGUAUGGCAAGUAUAGUUCACAAUCUGAUGUCUGGGCCUAUGGUAUUACGUUAUGGGAGAUUUAUUCAUAUGCUUUGCAACCCUACUUUUCAUUAACUAAUGAAGAUGUUAUCUGCUGUGUAUGUAAGAAUCAAAUUCUUCCAUGUCCAUCAGACACACCAACAUGGAUUUACAACUUGAUGAAGUUAUGCUGGCAGAAUGUUCCGGAUGAGCGACCGAAUUUCACAACAAUACAUUCUGUAUUGCAAGCAAUUGGUGCAAACGAUGGAAAAUUGCCAAUGUCAGAUAUCUUACUCCCUGUAAAGACUUCGGAAACAACGUUUGGAAAUGUACCUCCUAAUAUAGUCAACUCUACAGAGUACGCUAUGCCAGCAUCUAGCUCUGAUUUAUCUGUUUUAACUAUUCCCCCGCCUAUGGAGUUCGACUCUUCAGGAUCAACAGGUUGCCAAGAUCCAUUGUCAUCGAUCAAAACGAGAUCUAAAUCUAUGUGUGGUCUUGCCAGCAAAAGAUCGACUUUAUCAGCAUUGAAUGAUAAAUUUGACUCCUUUCCUCCACACACCAGGUCAAUUUCAGUAUUAAAUCCUCCGGUGUUUCACUAUUCCACUUCAAACCAUGGUACCCUGAGAAAUAAUAAAAACUUUUUUUACCCGAUCAAUUUAGUCACUGAUGCCAGGUCUGACUCAUGUUUGCCGGAAUCCCCAACCUCAUCUUUAAAUUAUGGAUCUGAUAAGGAAUCCGUAGUAUAGUGAUACCAACAAAAUGGACUUUUGUCAGAUACAGAGGGUGUUAGGAUAUGUGUAUUGGACUGUGUCACGGCCUUACAAGACAGCAGCGUCUUUCACACCACUUGUUACUUGCCAGGCGCCUUGUUUAGGGUGAAUCACGAAACAGCCUCAAUAAAAAUUGUCUCAUUGAAAACCUUGGUGGUUUUGUAACAACCACAAAAUGAACUUUUAUGAGUUACAGGGCAUGUGGAUAUUGUGUAUUGAAUUGUAGGUCCUUUCCCUUGUCUACUUCCUUCGGAAAAUCUAAUAACAUAUCAAGAUGCUUGUUAUAGAAACUGUUCUUUUUAUGCCACCAACUAAUUUGACAAUCGGCCAUAAUCUUCUUACGUACAGUUAUUCAAUUCAAUUGUUUAAGUUUGGCUCAGAUAAAUGUGCUUCUGGGGUAAUGUUUAUUGAAUUGCAUGUCCUUUCUCCUCCACUACUUUCUAGUUAUGAUACAUAUGUGGAUGUUCCAAUGAGUAGUUUUGUUCAGUGAUUCAAAAAUGAAAGAACUCUGCAGUGAGGGACAUACGUUUUUAAUUACCAUUGUGUUCAUUCAACUUAGGAACCUGAUGUCAUGUGACAACAGUGGUUAAAACUUUUCUCCGGUCGAAACCUUAUGUGCAUCAUCUUACUGAUGUUGAAAUAAAUUUAGGAGACAAGAUUGAACUGAAAAUACGGUCUUUUUAAAAAUAGUAGCUCCUUGCGUAUCAGUGGAUGCUUGUUCUGAGUGAAAAGACCAAAAAAAUGUCAGCAUUUGAAAACCUUGUCUACAACUUUAAAAUUAAAAACAAGUUCAUCCAUGACAUAAAUAUCCUCCUUUGGAAGCAAACAACGUCUUCGUCUGAGAUUGAAUAUAUUGAAAUAGAAAUAUAAAAUUCUAUGCUGUACUGUUGUUUCGACGUCUGUGUUUUUGCACGCAGGAACAUCUAAUACUUUGGACACAGUUUAUGAAUGAUGUACAGAGUUCAGGAAGCAAACAAAAUCCGAAAGUAGAUAAUUUCCCUUCUUUUUGUAAUAUCUAGAGGGGAAGGGAUUUUGUUUGUAUAACUUAUUGGCGAGUGUGUCGUUAUAAUUUAUUGGUUGUAUGAUUCACAUUUCACAUGAUUCACUUUUUUCCUGUAUGGCGUUAGUGAAUCUACAUGGAUUUUCAAACCUUUUUGAAGCUUUUGUGCAAAUAAAUUUCUAAU